UGCUACAUUUCAAGCCGCGAGUUUGACCAGUUUGGAAAUUUUCUUUCCUUUUCUUUCCUUGCGGUAGACCACUUCAUGAGGAAUUUCAACAGAACGCGCCAAUAACAUGAGCCGGCUUUGUGUUUUCGCAGGCCUGGUGGUAUUUGCCACACAUGCAUACGGUGGACCUUUCAAUAGGCUGUUUUGCCCUACAUUAUGCAACCCACAGCCGGAAAGGCCACUGAAAAGUUGCGUACACAGUUGUGGUUUCCUAAGAUACGGCAAAUACUACGAUGGCAGCAUUUGUUGGUACCUUGCUGGAUCCGGAAGAUUAUUCGGGGUAAGAGGCUACUGCAAGCAAGGCUUGUGCCUCAGAGUGUUAACUGGAGGUUACGAAGGCUCUGAUGCACAGAAGCACUGCGACGCUGCCCAAACUGAAGUUGGAUUGCACAGCGAGAUAGAGGGAAAAGGUGUCCACGUGAAGGGUGCUCAAGCAACCAAACAUUUCAGCGCGAUCUCCACUGCUUUUUCUCCGGAAUUGAACGUGAAAUCAACGGCCCUUACUGGAGUACCACACACGUCUCUCGCGCAACUUGACCAUUCAAAGGUAACGAAAACUAUCUCGACGCUGUCAUUAAGUAGCAGUGAUGCAUCGACGCCUACCCACGAGGUUGCACAACUGAAGACAGUGACCAAAGGAGAAGAACCAAAUGUAUUCAAUAAAACAACAAGCUCUUCGUCACACAACGAAACGGUUACCGCGCAAAGUAUGUCUCCAGAAAGCAGUCCAGCGAAGAGCACCUCAAAAACGGGGACACAGCCUAAAAGCUACACUCAUAGCGUGUACACAAACAGUGGCGGGCCUCCACCUCCAUCUUUUAUACUGCACAGCGGUCAGCCAACCCCAGAUGGAGCCUUUCUGGACAAAAAUAAGAUAGACUCUAUACGUUCUGUAGCAGCAAGUGCUUCCACGUCGGCGUCAAGCAUCCCAGGAAUGGCACAUGGAAAUAUACACACAGAUGGGAAAGCAACUAGCGGCAUUCAUACAACCGCGCCUACCGAGAACAAUGGCCAAUCUGGUGACAGCUCACGAAAUCUUGACAACGAUUCAAUAAAAAUCCAUGUGCCAAAGACUCAGGCGCUAUUUCCACCUAGUGUGCCAACAUAUAUCACUAUUCCAGGUGACAGUGCACUUUCAUCAUCCAAAGUGGCCACGACGGGAGGCACGCCUACUUCGAACACUGAAAUAACAGCUGCUAGUACAACUGCGGAACAUUUAAGCCAAACAGAAAAUACUAAUAAUGGAGCAGCCUCGACAAAUUCGAUGAGAAAACAAACAUCCCACGGAAAUGCCCUCAGCAAUUUCUCUGCGGCUCAUGUUGGAUCGAUUAUUCAGGCGCUCCGUAGUGCUGGAAAUAAGUGGUUUAAUAGAACCAAACCGUCUGUGCCUGAUAGCACAGCGCCUCCUGAAGCCACAACUACAAAAUACUCUGAAAAGGUUACUAAACCAAGCGAAACUUCAAUGUCCGUGGAGGUAAUAAAUGCUCCUCUGACAAGCUCUGCUGCGGCAAGUGCGACGCAUCCUCCGACCGAAAACGAGAGUACGCCGGUUAAAAUCACAAACGGUCAUUAUGUUGUGGGCAACGCGAGCUCAAGUGCCGCUGAUGUACCGACCGGAAGAUAUUCUAUGCCGUUUGCUUUGCUCAUGGUUUUAGCCAAUUACUGGCUGUGCUUGCCAAAUUUUCUGUAGCUCACCAUUAGUAACAAAUGUUCCAGAAUAGUUCGGGAGCAGCUAUAGUAGUAAAUGUAGUGCGAAGUCAUAUGCAUUAGUGUCCUAAUGCACAAUCAGUACAGCAAAGACCAAUACGCGUGAUGAAUAAAUGUCAAUUCUCAUUUCAACGUCACACUCUCGUUGAGGACGUACACAAAGCACGAAUGCCCUUAGUCUUGGAAGUUGUAACUCCUUCUUUUCUGUAACACAGCCGGUUUCUACAGCAGCGAAAUAAAAGUGACUUUCAAAUCAUAA